UCUGGUCAAGAGCUCACCAUCUGCAGAAUAAGGACCAGAACUUUACAGAGGUAAACUGUGUCAGUUCUUUUACUAUUACAGCAGUUCAUCGUGGCCCUGUAGUUCGCCUCCUUCACCAAAGCUCUGUCAGGGACCUACAUGAAGAGUGCCAUCACUCAGAGAGACACUUUGACCUGUCCUGCUCUCUCAUCGGACUCAUAGACAGCAGCUUUGAGAUGGGUUUCAACAAUAACAUUGAGUUGCUUGAGAAUUCAUGUAGUAAAAACCAGAUACAGACUACAGUAUGAUCCAUUUUUUUUGUGGUUCAAUCAGAGUCUGCUCUCAAUACUGUCCAGUUUUAUAGUUGUUCCUAUUAAUUGAUUGACUGGCGUUUGUCCAUGACUCUACUGUCAAACCCCUAACAUUGUUGUAUUUGAUGCUAUGUUGUUGCAGCCUAGUAUCCAAACUGAUAUACCAUUUUUAGUUGAAAAAAAACAGUGUUUAUAAUUUGCAAUUCCUGACUUCUGUAGUGUUGUGGUUUCUUGCAGGUAACCUGCUGUUCCUGGCUGUGGUCAGCCAUUUUGGGGCGAAGCUGCACCGGCCCAGGCUCAUUGCUAUGGGCUGUUUCCUCAUGGCUGUAGGAUCCUUCCUCACAGGCCUGCCACACUUCUUCAUGGGACGGGCUAUCAGGAGAGCUACCCAGUCCCAGAGGGCCAUCGUGGCUUCAUCAGUGAUGCCAGACUUCUGCAGAUGCAGAGAGCUGAGAGAGAGACCAUGGAAGCAAAGCAAAGAAAGAUAAGUGCUAUCCAUGAGAAUUAUGUCCGGACUGCUCUCAUCGGGGUUGGCAGCACCUUCGCGCACCACUUCGUCCCCUCUAUUCAGUGCAUUCUGUGGCCGAAAGCUCCACCGAGGCCUUUGCCACGAAGGCUUGAGCACAUAGCUCUGGCCCCACUGAAGAACGUGGUGGGGGUGGACGGAGCCCAAGUUCGACCCGGAUCUCACUCUCUGGAGUCCAUCCAGGUAAAUAAGUCAUUCAGCAGCAGUAGCGUGUGGCCUGUUCCCGUCCCUCCCACUGGAGCUCCCUCCAAGAGGGGCAAGAAGAAGAAGGGCAGGCAGGGAGUCAAAGCCCUGAAAGUCCAGUCGGAUCAGGGCUGUGCUGACAACAACGGACCCAUUGACCUGAUGGAGGAGGUGAGGGACAUCGAGCCUCACCUGAAGGAGGAGGCCUGGAAGGUGGUACAUGAGGUGAAGGCCAUGGGCAGGAGAAGUUUGGGCUCGGCCAUGUCCAUGGGGGAAAUAGCCACCAGCUCUCUGGGAAGCCUGAGCUCAGUGGAUAUGAACACCCCUGCGGAGCUCCGUGACUACUUGGAUGUUGGGACCCCGGUCAAGUUGCGUGACAGCCUACCCAGGCCUGCUCCCCCUCCUACCAAGCCCAGGAGCAAACAGCCUCGGCCUAUAAGGUUCCUUAGCCUGCCAAAGGCUGCCACCGGCUCAGACAAUAAGGCAGCCAGUGAGCCAAAGGGCCAAAUAAAGAACCAGGCCAGAUUGCAGCCCCUGUCCAACCCAGAGCAGGCCCUGACUAAGACCUUCAAGCUGCUCCACUCUCCCUCUGAUGACUGGGAGAAGAAGAUCGAGGGCUUGACCUCUCUCCGUGUGAUGGCUCAGAACCACAUGGACAUACUGAUGCCUAAACUCCAUGAUAUCUGCCUUGCCAUUAUAAAUGAGGUGAAGAACCUGCGCUCUGCAGUGUCUUGUGCUGACAGUGAGGUGGAGGGGACGGCACGCGUGCUGCUGCACAAAGCCAGCGAGGCCAACGCCUUCAUCCGGCAGGGCGCCAACUUUGCCCUGGGUCACAUGGUGCAGAGCUGCACCCCUACACGUGUCAUGAAUGCCCUGCUGGUCGGUGGGCUGAGCCACCGUAACGCUGCGGUGAGGAGCUGCACUGCUCAGCACCUGGAGAGACUGGCUGAGGUCAUGGGAACGGCUCGUCUCCUGUCGGGGAAGAAAGACCUCACUGACCGUUUCUUGAUUGCCGUCAGUAAACUGGCUGUGGACCCUUCACAGGAAGUCAGGCAUCAUGGUCGGAAUAUCUUGAGCAACAUGGCCACCAAUGGCGAUUUUCCUAAAAUGUGGAACAAAUUCUCUCCGAGGAAAGAGAGAGAAUCCUUGAGGGAGGUCAUCUCGAAGGUUAACCUCAAAGAAAGACCCCACACUCAUCGCUAGAGAUCGAACUUCAGACUCCCUCCAAAACCACUGAACCCCUCAACACACCGAAAGAGAUUACGAUAUACCCCCUUAGAGGGAGCCGGAACAGGAUAACUCCCUCCACCAUCACAAAGACACAGAGGAGGAGGAACUAUCCAACACCCAGGGAGAGAGAACGAGUGACCUCAGUCGAACACAGCCAGAAAGAGGAGGUGGAAGAGGUGUUAGAUAGAGGAUGUGAGCAAGAAAGAGCAGAAGGCUUCUGGUCAGCCAAAUGGCAGGCAGAGGGAGAGGUCAUAGUGAUUCACACCCACAGAGAGAAAGACAACCCACACAACCUCUUGGUUGAGAUGAACCGCACAGCGUUAGAGGCAGAGGGCUCUCAGCGCUAGCCAGUCAGCCUGCCUGCUCUGAUCCUCAAGUCAAUUGUAUUUAAAUUCAUGUUCAUUAAAGAUUUUUAUUCAGGAAUAGAAAAGUCCCAUUUACUUAAUGAUAAUUUUUCACUGUCUUCAACCCUUAGGAACCAGGGUUAGUCUGGGUCACCCUUUUACUGGGCAAACACAACUUGCAUAUCAUCAUAGACUAGGCCGAAACGUUAAUCUUUUAACCUUGCCUGAAUAAAACAAUGCAUUUUUUUAUAGUGAGCAAGAGUUGCGCUUUUUCCUUUUCUAUGAUGAUGAUCACAUUUUUGGUUGCACCUCAACUCAACGUUUGGUUGAGCGCCCUCUGUUUUUUUGUUGUCAAAUAAUACAUAUAUUUUUUAAUGUACAAAGUAAAUUAUUCAAAGCAUUAAAAUUGUGAUGUUUCCCACUUAUUUACACAACCUAAUCCACACUUACAAAGUGAAAGUUUAUAGAAAUUCUGAAAUUAAGUAGUAAACAGAAGAAAAGCAGAAUUGAGUCCAAUUAUAAUGCAAAUAAUUUAAUGGUCUAUGGUUCAAUCCCAUUUCUGAAGGUCUGAUGAAUAAUUAAUAUUGUUCCUCCUCUUCCUUGUGGCAGGCGCAGCAGCACACUGCCCUCCAAAGCCUGCAAAAUAAUCGCUGGACUGCCCCUUUCCUAGCUCUGCAUGGAACAUCCAGUGUCACGUCCUUGGUGACGUGUGGGGUGACAUCCGGGAUGACCACAGCAACAUCCCCUGGAAAGGGGAAAAAAGAGGAUCAGGAUGUAGACAAAUGCAAACCGUAGCUUCUUAACACUGGCCAGUUGAAAGGUUCUGGUAAGAUGUCAUGACAAACGGCACCUGUCAGAGUGCUCUCUAAGUGUUACUCACCUGCUUGGAUGUCAGCUGGCAGAGUGUCGAAGACGGCCAUCAUGAGAGUCCUUUCUCAAUCGAUCCUAUUUAUUUGUACUGAAAUUUGAUAUUUUUCUUUCUCUGCUGCUACUCGUGUUUUACAGAAACAUGUUUGAGUGGGUUUUCUACAGUCUUGCGCAUGUUGACACAAGAUGGAGAAUGCAUAUGCUGCAAACCAGCACGACUAUCAGGCAUCAACUAUAGACGAGUUUCACUCACUACUGCAGUUUGGAGUUAGGUUGAUGUUAGAGGCUACUGGAGGAAGUUAUGGGGCAUACUUGAACUCUUUAAGGGAACAUGAACCUUUCUACUCCUGCAAAUUGUGACUAAUAACCCUAAUCAAAUUCUACGAGAUGGGUUUUUGAAUGCAGUACUGUAUUUUCAUUAAAAUGGCAGAUUUGUAUGAUUUCACAUUUAAAAAAUUAUGUAAUGCUUCCCACAAAGAAAUUAUUUUACAAUUUUGUUUCAAAUGGUCCCUCUGGCAUGCAUAUUUCUGUAUGAUUCAACACAUGUUUGAAUCCCACUUCCUUGAUAUUUUGAAGUUAAUUUUAGUCCUCCUCCUUGCAUGUUUUGUUCCAUACCUGUGCCUUGGAGAAAACAACUAUAGCCCUCCAAGUCUAAUACGCUAUACACAACAGCAGCCUACAGUGUUAACUUAUUGAGAAUGUAUAUCAUUGCAUUUAACAUUCAAACCUCUUUUGAACUCUUCAGAUCUUAACCGGAUCAAACUGGAAUGUUAAUAUAUUACCCUAAGUUAAACUGGUUUUGGUGUCUUAGACACAAAAGGUUGUUUUCUUCUCAUAGUAAAAACACUGUUUCAUGGAUUGGAUUAAAAACACUGGGUAUUUGUUACGUAGAACUUUGUGUUUUUUGAGGGGGAAAGCAAUACUUAGCUCUACUGCUGUUUGUAUAGAGGCCUAGUUAGAAUUGUAUUGCAAUGACAGGUGAAGUGCUUGUUGAAAUCAUGCUGCCUUGCUGCUCAUUCCUUAAAGUACUUAUACCAACGAA